AUGCUCUGCACCAUGAGAUGUUGGCUCCCGGUCCUGGUCCUCCAGCUGGUCCUCCCGAGCCCUCGGCGGGCCUGGGCCUGCCCUGCCCGCUGCGACUGCGCCCCGCAGCUGCGCUCGGUGCUGUGUCACCGCAGGAGACUCACCUCCAUCCCCGAGGGCAUCCCCACCGAGACCAGGGUCCUGGAGCUCAACAAGAACCGCAUCCGCUGCCUGAACCCCGGGGACCUCUCCCCGUACCCACUGCUGGAGGAGCUGGACUUCAGCGAGAACAUCAUCUCCAACGUGGAGCCCGGCGCCUUCAGCAACCUGUUCCACCUGCAGAUCUUGAGGCUGCGGGGGAACCAGCUCAAGCUCAUCCCUCCCGGGGUCUUCACCAAGCUGACCAACCUCACCCUCUUGGACAUCAGCGAGAACAAGCUGGUCAUCCUGCUGGACUAUGCGUUUCAGGACCUGCGAAACCUGAAGAGCCUGGAGGUGGGUGAUAACGACCUGGUGUACAUCUCCCAGCGGGCCUUCUCGGGGCUGCUGGGCCUGGAGCAGCUGACCAUUGAGAAGUGCAACCUGACCUCCAUCUCGGCCGAGUCGCUCUCCUACCUCCAGAACCUGGAGGUGCUGAGGCUCCGGCACCUCAGCAUCUCCGCCCUGGAGGAUCAAAACUUCAAGAAGCUCUACAACCUCCUGCAGCUGGAGAUCGACAACUGGCCGCUGCUGGAAGACGUCUCCCCGACCAGCUUCCAGGGCUUGAACCUCACCUGGCUCUCCAUCACCUACACCAACAUCACAGCCGUGCCUGCUGCUGCCUUGAGGAACCUGGUGUACCUCCGGUACCUGAACCUGUCCUACAACCCCAUCAGCACCGUGCUGAAGGGCUCCUUUAAAGACCUCAUCCGGCUCCAGGAGCUCCACAUCGUGGGCGCUCUCUUGGUGUCGGUGGAGCCUCAGGCUUUCUCCGGGCUGAGACAAAUCCGGCUGCUCAACCUCUCCAGCAACUUUCUGUCCACGCUGGAGGAGAGCACCUUCCACUCCGUCAACACCCUGGAGACGCUGCGAGUGGACAGGAACCCCCUGGCCUGCGACUGCCGCCUCCUCUGGAUCCUGCAGCGCCGCAAGACGCUCAACUUCGACGGGCAGCAGCCCGUGUGCUCCUCGCCCCCCGAAAUCCAGGGCGACGCCCUGAGGGACUUCCCGGACUCGGUUCUCUUCGAGUACUUCACCUGCCAGAAGCCCAAGAUCAAGGAUCGGAAGCUGCAGCACGUGACGGCGCGGGAGGGACAGGCCGUGUCCUUCCUGUGCCGGGCGGACGGGGAGCCCGACCCUUCCAUCUCCUGGGUGUCCCCCCAGCACCGCCGGAUCCCCGCCCGCAGCACCGGAAGCCCAAGAGGGCUGCCGGGGGGCACCCUGGAGAUCCGCUUCGCCCAGGUGCAGGACAGCGGCACCUACAUCUGCAUCGCCAGCAAUGCGGGCGGCAACGACACCUACUUUGCCACCCUGACCGUCCAGGGGCGACUGCCCGACGGCUCCUCCUACCCCAACCGGACUUUGUACCUCGGCGACUUCAACGACACCUCCCGCAACGACACCCAAGUCUUCUUGAAGUUCACCCUGGACCUCAAGACCAUCCUGGUGUCCACGGCCAUGGGCUGCAUCACCUUCCUGGGCGUGGUGCUCUUCUGCUUCCUCCUCCUCUUCGUCUGGAGCCGGGGCCGGGGGCAGCACAAGAACAACUUCUCGGUGGAGUAUUCCUUCCGCAAGGUGGACGGUCCCACCACCACUGCUGGCCAAGGAGGAGCCAGGAAGUUCAACAUGAAGAUGAUCUGA